GAGCGGCUGGUGAGCAGAGCUCCAGCUAAGAAUAACCUGUAUUUUCUGGGGGGAUAGAGUUACCUUGCAGCCUUCCUGCUCUCUGCACUGGCCUAUACCCAUGUGAGGCCCCAGAAACACUGGGUGAGAUAUUGUGCGUUUCCCCUCACCCUGCCCAGCCCUGUGCUUAGCUUGGCUGAUUCUUCCCCUGCGUCGCUUUACUUUGCCCCACUGUCCCCAGACCCCCCUUUUUAAUGCUGCCUCACAGGCAGCUCCAAAUUCCCCAACAUAUGUAAGCUUUCAAUUCAUGCUUAAUUUUCCAUUUUCCACUUUUUAAAACCUUGGACAAGUUCCACCCGUGGAUGUUAUGGGUAAGAAGACAAGGCUGUGAUGGUCCAAGUGACAAUGGAAUAAUUUACUACCUGGGACGCUUUUUUUUUUUCCUGAGAAAGUGGAUUCAAACUGGAUUUACUGGAGCCGUCACCAGUUAAUUCUUCAUGAGGAGGCUUUGUCUCCAAUUUAAAGUAUCCUACCUGAGAUAGUCUACACGUCACAAUGGCUGAAGGAGUCAAAUCUGCCUCCCACGCUGCAGCCACUGGGUCCAGUGACGGAGCAGCAGCGCCACAGACGAGCUCUCUCAGAUCCAAAGGUCUGGGGCUGCUCAACAAGGUGAAAAUGUCUGUUGAGCUGCUGAUUGCCCUUGCUGCUCUCCUGUCCUGGCUGGUUGUAGGUGUGGUGAUGUUUGACUUUGUCGAGUACAAAGCAGUCCCCAACGUCCAGCAGAUCAUAACGGACCCUGUCCAGGCCGUGAACGAUGCAGCUGAUGAGUUGUCCAGUCUGCUCAAUAAGUUUCAAGAAUGCGCACCGGAUUUAAGUGACCCCAUGUCAGCUGCCAGAUAUGCAGCUGAGGAAAUAUCAGAAGCAAAAGAUGGGUUUGUUCGAUAUUUGUCAGAUGAAGAAGGGAACUUCUACCUCAGCUACAUUGACCCUGUGGUCAUUGGUAGACAAGCUUUCCAUUCAACGAAUGACUUCAUAGGUGGAGCACUGGGUUCCUUCAGGGACACACUGUGUGCUGUUGUGGAUACGUCACUGGAAACCAUACAAGAUAUUAAAAAAGGAAAAACUGAUCUUAGCUAUAUUGACCCUGUAAUGAUAGGCAGAGGUGUCUUUAAUGCUACUAAUGAGUUCAUGUGUGGAGUGGCGAGCUACAUCCAGGAUGUGCUCUGUUCCAUACUGGACACUACACUGAAUGUAGUGAAAGGAACCGUCGACAUUAGCUUCAUGGACCCUGUGGUAAUAGGAAGAAAUAUAUUCCACGUCACAAAUGACACAGCGAGUGGAAUAUUUGGCUACAUCCAGGACGUGUUCUGUGCCAUCGUAGACAUGAUAGUGGAUGUAUUCAAAGGAACCACUGACAUUAGCUUCAUUGACCCCGUGGUUAUUGGCAGAAAUGCCUUCAGUGUUACUAAUGACUUUGUGAGUGGAAUAUUUGGCUACAUCCAGGGCGUGCUCUGCGCAGUCUUCGAUGUCAUACUGGACACAUUAAAAGAUAUCCAGCAUAGUUUGGGAUUUAGCCCCAUGUCAGUUUUUAAGUCAGCAGCAGAAAUCACCAAAGAGCAGACAAACCUGCUUGUGAGCUACAUCUCCUCAACACUGAUUGGUGAACAAGGAAUCGUGCCUGAAGUGUUCAUCGACCCAAUGAAAGUUGUUGAAGAUGCUGUGUCGGAGCUCACAGACAAGAAGGACUUAUUCUUAGCUUACAUGUCAAGCAUGAUUGUUGGUGAUCAGGGGGAACCUGUCACCACCCCAGGUGUAAAUGUAGUAACAGAAAAAGAUGAAGCUGUACCUUCCCCAUCUGAUAUCAAUUUAGUAAGAAGGAAAGGGGAAUUUCUGCCUCCAUUUGAAAAAGUUACAGAGAUCAUGCGUGCUGCCAAAGAAGAAGCUGCUCCUGCUGCAGAGAUAAAAGAAGACUCCGAGAUGGCACCCACUGAAGCAGAUGUGACAGAGGAAGAUGAUGCGAGACACAUUGAAGAACCAGAACUGAGACCAUCACUGAAGGAGGAAGAGGAAAAGCUUGAUGAUGACACCAAGGAGGAGGAAGAGGAAAUUGGAGAGGGUGACAAUGAGGCAGAAGACGAAGUUCAAAUAAAGGAUGAUGCAGAACAAUUAAUAAAAGAAAAAGAGCAUAAAGAGGAGAUAGAAGAAGGAGGAGGUGAUGGUAGAGGUGAAGACCAAGAAAAGAGAGACACAAGGACAGAUGAAUUUGCAAUAAUUGUAAAUGAUGAAGUGAUACAGUUAGCAGAAGGGGUGGUAGAAGAUGAAGAGGUGCAGGAGACCAAAACCAAAGACAUUUUGGUAGAAGAUGAAGAGGAGAGCAAAGAAGAAGAAGAAGCUAUUGUGGAUAAACAUGAGAAAACAAAAACUGAAGACAUUUUUGGCCAGGCCAGAACUGACGAUGCUUCAGUAGAACAUGAGGAGGAAGACGAAGAAGCCAAAACUGAAAAUGAUUUGAUAGAACAUGAGGAGGAAGAAGAAGAAGCCAAAACUGAAAAUGAUUUGGUAGAACAUGAGGAGGAAGAAGAAGAAGGAGAAGCCAAAACUGAAGACGAUUUGGUAGAACAUGAGGAGGAAGAAGAAGAAGCCAAAACUGAGGAUGAUUUGGUAGAACAUGAGGAGGACGAAGAAGAAGCCAAAACUGAAGAUGAUUUGGUAGAACAUGAGGAGGAAGAAGCCAAAACUGAAGACAAUUUGGUAGAACAUGAGGAGGAAGAAGCCAAAACUGAAGACGAUUUGGUAGAACAUGAGGAGGACGAAGCCAAAACUGAAGAUGAUUUGGUAGAACAUGAGGAGGAAGAAGAAGAAGCCAAAACUGAAGAUGAUUUGGUAGAACAUGAGGAGGAAGAGGAAGCCAAAACUGAAGAUGAUUUGGUAGAACAUGAGGAGGACGAAGAAGAAGCCAAAACUGAAGAUGAUUUGGUAGAACAUGAGGAGGAAGAGGAAGCCAAAACUGAAGAUGAUUUGGUAGAACAUGAGGAGGAAGAGGAAGCCAAAACUGAAGACGAUUUGGUAGAACAUGAGGAGGAAGAGGAAGCCAAAACUGAAGACGAUUUGGUAGAACAUGAGGAGGAAGAAGAAGCCAAAACUGAAGAUGAUUUGGUAGAACAUGAGGAGGACGAAGCCAAAACUGAAGAUGAUUUGGUAGAACAUGAGGAGGACGAAGCCAAAACUGAAGAUGAUUUGGUAGAACAUGAGGAGGACGAAGCCAAAACUGAAGACGAUUUGGUAGAACAUGAGGAGGAUGAAGAAGAAGCCAAAACUGAAGAUGAUUUGGUAGAACAUGAGGAGGAAGAGGAAGCCAAAACUGAAGAUGAUUUGGUAGAACAUGAGGAGGAAGAGGAAGCCAAAACUGAAGACGAUUUGGUAGAACAUGAGGAGGAAGAGGAAGCCAAAACUGAAGACGAUUUGGUAGAACAUGAGGAGGAAGAAGAAGCCAAAACUGAAGAUGAUUUGGUAGAACAUGAGGAGGAAGAAGAAGCCAAAACUGAAGAUGAUUUGGUAGAACAUGAGGAGGAAGAAGAAGCCAAAACUGAAGAUGAUUUGGUAGAACAUGAGGAGGAAGAAGAAGAAGCCAAAACUGAGGAUGAUUUGGUAGAACAUGAGGAGGAUGAAGAAGAAGCCAAAACUGAGGAUGAUUUGGUAGAACAUGAGGAGGACAAAGAAGCCAAAACUGAAGAUGAUUUGGUAGAACAUGAGGAGGAAGAGGAACCCAAAACUGAAAACGAUUUGGUAGAACAUGAGGAAGAAGAAGAGGCCAAAGCAGAAGAUUAUUUGGUAGAACAUGAGGAGGAAGAAGAGGCCAAAACUGAAGAUGAUUUGGUAGAACAUGAGGAGGACGAAGAAGAAGCCAAAACUGAAGAUGAUUUGGUAGAACAUGAGGAGGAAGAGGAAGCCAAAACUGAAGACGAUUUGGUAGAACAUGAGGAGGAAGAGGAAGCCAAAACUGAAGAUGAUUUGGUAGAACAUGAGGAGGAAGAGGAACCCAAAACUGAAGAUGAUUUGGUAGAACAUGAGGAGGAAGAAGCCAAAACUGAAGACGAUUUGGUAGAACAUGAGGAGGACGAAGAAGAAGCCAAAACUGAAGAUGAUUUGGUAGAACAUGAGGAGGAAGAGGAAGCCAAAACUGAAGACGAUUUGGUAGAACAUGAGGAGGAAGAGGAAGCCAAAACUGAAGACGAUUUGGUAGAACAUGAGGAGGAAGAAGAAGAGGCCAAAACUGAAGAUGAUUUGGUAGAACAUGAGGAGGAAGAAGAAGAAGCCAAAACUGAAGAUGAUUUGGUAGAACAUGAGGAGGAAGAGGAAGCCAAAAUUGAGGAUAAUUUAAUAGAAUAUGAGGAAGAAGAGGCCAAAACGGAGGAUGAUUUGGUAGAACAUGAGGAGGAAGAAGAGGAAGCCAAAAUUGAGGAUAAUUUAAUAGAACAUGAGGAGGAAGAAGAAGAAGAAGCCAAAACUGAAGAUUAUUUGGUAGAACAUGAGGAAGAAGAAGAGGCUAAAACUGAAGAUGAUUUGGUAGAACAUGAGGAGGAAGAGGAAUCCAAGACUCAUAUUUUGGCAGGAUAUGAAGAGGAAGACAUUGAGCUUCCCAGUAUUUUGGUAGAAGCUGAGAAGGAGGCAGAGGCAAUUAAAACUGAAUACAUUUUUGAAGAUCAAGAAGAAGAGACUAAAAUCAAAGACAGUGAGGAGGAGGAGGAGGAGGAGGAAGAGGAGGAGAAAACUGAAGAUGUAGUAGAAUAUGAGGAUAGUGGGGAGGAGGGUGCAGAAAAAUCUAUUGUAGUAGACCAGGAAGAGACCAACACUGAAGAUCUUUUUGAAGUGGAGGAGGCUAAAAUAGUAGAAGAUCUAGAGGAGUCAUCAAUGACACACCUUAAAAUACUGUUAUCUGAGAAAAUCAGUAAUGACAGCGCUGUACCUGAAUCUGAUAAUGGUGAGGAGGAAGAGAAAGAAACUUUUUUUCCUGUUUACAAGGAGGAUAAAUACUCCAACAUCAUUGAUGAUCACGAUGAAAAUAAUAACAACAGCGAAAGCAGAAAGACUGAACCUAAACGAAAGAGGAAGGCCGAUGUUACCCUUGAGAGAUUUGGAGGACUCAAAUUGUCUCACAAAGCAGAAGGCUACAACAAAUAUGAAAAAGUUCUGAAAGAGGCAAAGGAAAGACAUGCAAUAGAAGAAGUUAAAGAUGGCAUUAUUAAAGAUCUCAAAGCUGCAGCACCUGAGAUGGAGAAGAAAAAAGAUAAGGAAGCCAAAGAGUUUGAAACUGUAGAGAUAAAACCAAAAGAAGUCAAACUAAAGGAGAAGCCCAAAGUUGACACAAAACCUCUUAAACUGAAACAAAAGAAGCCCAAAGAAGAAGAGCCAGUAAAGAAGCUGCUCAGAAAAGAUGUAAAAGAACUGCCCAAAGAAAAGAAAAAAGACGUCAAACCUAAAGAUGAGAGGGAAGUGAAAAAACCUCCCAAAGGAAAGGACGAGGCGAAGAAACCAAUUCACGCAGAGGUCAAAGCAACAAAACCACCUAAGAAGGAAAAAGAUCUCAAAAAGAUUUCCAAAGAAAGGAAGAGGGUUAUGAAACCAGCGACAGAAGAGGAACAAGUCAAGAAACCUCCCAAAGAAGAAAAAGAAAUCAAGAAAACACCUAAAAAAGAGAAAGAGGUAAUUAAAGCUACCAGAGAAGUUAAAGAGGAAAAGGAACCAAUAAGACAAAUAAAAGAAGUCAAGAAAGCACCCAAAGAAGAGAAAAAGGUCAGAAUACUAGCAAAAAUAGAGAAAGAAGUAACCCAACCUCCUAAAGAUGAGAAGAAACCACCUACAGUAAAGACAGAACUUAAGAAACUUCCUAAACAAGACAAAGACUUGAAGAAACCUCUCAAAGAAGAGAAGGAGAGAAAACCUCUUAAAGAAGAGCAAAAAUCACCCAAACAAGAGAAAAAAGUUAAGAAACCUGUCAAAGAAGAGAAGAAAGAGGAGAAACCUCUCAAAAAAGAGAAGGAACCUCUCAAAGAAGAGAAACCUGAGAAGGAACCUCUCAGAAAACAGAAGGAAGAGAAGAAACCUCUUAAGGAAGAAAAGGAAGAGAAGAAACCCCUGAAAAAAGAGAAGAAAGAGGAGGAACCUCUCAAAAAAGAGAAGCCCCUGAAAAAAGAGAAGAAAGAGGAGGAACCUCUCAAAAAAGAGAAGGAAGAGAAGAAACCUCUUGAAGAAGAGAAACCUGAGAAGGAACAUCUCAAAAAAGAGAAGGAAGAGAAGAAACCUCCUAAGGAAGCAAAACCUGAGAAGGAACAUCUUAAAAAAGAGAAGGAAGAGAAGAAACCUCUUAAAGAAGAAAAGGAAGAGAAGAAACCUCUUAAGGAAGAAGAAGAGAAGAAACCUAUAAUAAAACCCAUUGAAGAAAAAGAAAUUAGCCAUCCUUCAAAAGAGAAGAAAGUACCUGAGAAAGAAGUCAAGAGACUGCCCAAAGACAUUAGGAAACAAUCCAAAGAGGAAAAGGAACCUCCUAAAAAAGAGAUAGAAAUUGGGAAAUCUCCUAAAGAAGAAAAAGUAGAGGUGCCUCCCAAAAAAGAGAAAGAAGCGAAGAAACCCUCUAAGGCUAAAACACCACAUAUAAAGGAGAAAAAAGUCACCCAGCCUCCAAAAGUAGAAAAAGAGGAAAAGAAACCACCUCUAAAAGAAGAAGAGGUAAAAACUCCUAAAGAAGAGAAAGAAGUUAAGAAGUCUAAGGAAAUAUCCAAACCUUCCGAAGAUGAGACGGAGAAGAAACAACCAAGAGAGGAGAAACAUGUCAAAGAACAAAAGAAAUCCCUUAAAGAUGAGAAAGCAGAGAAAAAAUUGCACAAAGAAGAGGCAGUCUUAAAACCAUCUAAGGAAGAGAUGGUUGAGAAAGUAGAGAAGGAGGUGAAGACCACAGAACCAAAAGAAGUAACAAAACCUCCAAAGGAAAAGAAAGAAGUGAAAAAACCCUCAAAGGAUGACAAAGAAGAAAUAAAACCAUCCAUGGAGGAGAAAGAAAUCAAACCUAUAAGAGAAAAAAAGGAAAAAGAAGUUAAGGAACAAUCUAAAGAUGAGGUUCCAUCUAAGGAAGCAAGGGGAGAAAUACUUCAUCCAAGGAAAGAAAAGGAAUCAAGAAAGCCUUUGAAAGAAACAAAAGAUCAAGAAAAAACACCCAAAGAUGCUGAGCAAGUAAAGAAGAUUUCAGAAGAGCCAGAAAAGAUCACCAAAGAGAAGAAACCAUCAGCAGAAAUUUCUGAAGAGGUGAAAGAGGACAUAAAGAAAGAGAGACCUUCUAAAGAAAAGGCAGUACCAAAGGAGUCAGCAAAGGAAAAACAAGUAGUUAAAGAACCAACAAAACUUUCUAGAGAGGAUGAAAAAGAACCAAAGAAGCCUAUCAAAGAAGAAAGAGAACUGAAGAAGCUCCCCAAAGAAGCUGUCCAAAAGAAACCUUCCAAAGAAAAGAAAGAGGAGAUUCACAAAAUAGAAAAAGAAGUUAAAAAACCUUCCAAAGAGGAGAAAGAAAUCAAGACUCCCAAAGAAGACAAAGAACCUGUGAAGAAAAGAAUCACAAAGACAGAGCCCAAAAAGCCUGUAAGAGGAAUUAAAAUGGUCAAGAAGGAGGUUGCAUCUGUUCUUAAGAAGGAACAUCUCAAUGUUACAAAAGCAGAAGCAGCUCCAAAGGAGCCUAAGAAGGAGCCAGUGCUAAAAGUAAAGCCUACACCUGUAAAACCAGUAGCUGAGGUUACAAAAGAAAGAGUAAAACGAGCUCCUUCAGAGAAGGAAGCACCAAAGAAAAAGGCUAAAGCACCUCCUGCAAAGAAAGAAGCUGUUGCUCCAAAACAAAAGCCCAAACCAGCGAUCUUGGCAAAAGAACAAGAAGGUACUGCUAGAAAUGUCUCACUGGUGAAAGAGAGGGUUAAAAUUGUGCCUAUGAAGAAAGUGGUCAAGAUGCCAAAAGAAAAAGUCAGAGCUGUCUCUGCAAAGACAAAGCCAGCUCCAGUUAAGACAAAACCAGCACCAGCUAAAGAGGCAGAAGUACCACACAAAAAUGUUACUCUAACAAAGGAGAAGGUGAAGGUGGUGCCACUGAAGAAAGUGCCUGUGACUCCGAAAGCAAGAGCUAAACUAGAACCAACCAAAAAAGAAGCUGAGGUUCUUAAGGAGAAGAAAGCUGAGCCAGUGACUCCCAAAAAAGCAGCUGUUACCAAGACAAAACCAUCACCUGCUAAAAAGAAGAAAGAGCCAGCUCCCAUUAAGACAAAACCAGCCCCAGCUAAAGAGGCAGAAGCACCACACAAAAAUGUUACUCUAACAAAGGAGAAGGUGAAGGUGGUGCCACUGAAGAAAGUGCCUGUAACUCCAAAAGUAAGAGCCAAACCAGAACCAACCAAAAAAGAAGCUGAGGUUCUUAAGGAGAAGAAAGCUGAGCCAGUGACUCCCAAAAAAGCAGCUGUUACUAAGGCAAAACCAUCACCUGCUAAAAAGAAGAAAGAGCCAGCUCCCAUUAAGACAAAACCAGCCCCAGCUAAAGAAGCACCACACAAAAAUGUUACUCUAACAAAGGAGAAGGUGAAGGUGGUGCCACUGAAGAAAGUGCCUUUGACACUGAAACAGAGAGUUAAACCAGAACCAACCAAAAAAGACGCCAAAAAGCCUGUAAGAGAAAUUAAAAUUGUCAAGAAGGAGGUUGCAUCCGUUCUUAAGAAGGAACAGCUCAAUGUUACAAAAGCAGAAGCAGCUCCCAAGGAGCCUAAGAAGGAGCCAGCGCUAAAAGUAAAGCCUACACCUGUAAAACCAGCCGAGGUUUCAAAACAGAAGCUCAAGCCAGUUCUAACCAAGAAAGAGGCAGAAGCACCACACAAAAAUGUUACUCUAACAAAGGAGAAGGUGAAGGUGGUGCCACUGAAGAAAGUGCCUGUGACUCCGAAAGUAAGAGCCAAACCAGAACCAACCAAAAAAGAAGCUGAGGUUCUUAAGGAGAAGAAAGCUGAGCCAGUGACUCCCAAAAAUGCAGCUGUUACCAAGACAAAACCAUCACCUGCUAAAAAGAAAAAAGAAGCUGAGGCUAAGCCAGUUCCUGUUAAGAAAGAGCCAGAGGUUACAAAGGAAAAACUCAAACCAGCUCUUGAAAAGAAAGCUCCUAAAGCAGAGGUCGAAGCAAAGAAGGAAAAGAUUAAAUCCCUUCUAAAGACAAAAGAGCCAAAAGUACCAGAGGUAAAAGCAAAACCAGCUGUAAAAAAAGAACUGGAAACUCCUAAAGAAAAGGCCAGGCCUGCUGCAGCAAAGAAAGCCAUGUUGAGGGAAAAGACCAAACCAGUCCAUGUGAAGAAAGAGCCUCAUGUUUUAAAAGAAAAGAUAAAGCCCAUUGCAACGAAGAAAGAGGACAGGGUUCUCAAAGAGAUACAAGAGCCUGCAAAGAAAGGAAAAACUGCUGAGAAGAAAGCUGAAAAGGAGGAGAAAGUUAAAGUGGAGCCGUCUCUAUCGGACAGCUUUCUCCUGGAAGAUGAGCUGCCCUAUUUCCAGUGUUUCUUUGUGGAUGAGGACGAGGCCCAGUUUCCGUUUUACGCCUUCUCGCCGCUGCAGAUUUGACACUUCAGUCUGUGGUCUGACAUUUACAAUUUAGUCAAAUUACCGAUAAGGACGAGGUCACCUCACACCCAGUACUGUUGAAACACGGGUGAUGCUGUUCGCCUUGAGCAGAAAUCCCUGCACAGCAGAAGAUGACGGGUUAUGAGAUGGACCAUUUUUCUUUCCAGAAUUGGUUGAGCUCUCGUACCAAAUACAUGCAGUCAGUGUCAUUCCUUUUUUUUCCCUUUUUUUAAAAUAUUUUUUUAAGUAAUAACUUCUUUUGCAUAUUUUAAAUAGAGCAAUUUACUACUUCACUUCUAUGGUUUCAAACCCUUUAAUAUAUUUACAGCUUACUUUAUUUUCUUAUAAAAGCAAUGGUGCAGUAUUUUUAAAGUAGCUACAAAGUGUAGAGUAGCUUACACUGUGAGGUUAACAGGGUACAAAACUGCUACAGUUGCUACUCCAACACAGACCCUCUUAGCCCACAUUUACUUGAAAAGUAGUUUGCGUUGUAAUUUUACAUCUCUGUGGCUUCUUUCUUGAUCAUGUUGCUCAUCCCACCCUUUAUAGCACUUGUUCAUGAUUCUCUCUCAGUUUCCUAUUGUUCUUCCCAAAUGGGGACACAACAGAUAUCAUAUCAUUACUGAAUGACUUUUUUACCUUUUAUUUUUGUUUUAUGCAUCAAAAGGAAUGACCAUGCACUGUAUAUGAGAGCUCCCAAUCUUGCUACCUGAAACAUUUAAAGUCUUAUCAAACUGUACCAUCUGGAUAUCUGCACCAGCUCCUCGUUAUUAUAUUGGUGCUAGUAAGAGGCAUUGCCUGAACUCUCAGAAUGAGGAUUGAGUUCAGUUUUUUUUUUUCCGUUCCUUUCAAUCUAUCAAAAACAUCAGCAAAUCAAGCGUCAGAUUUAUUCUGCAAAUUCCUUGAUUGACCAAAAUCACACUGUAGCUGACUUUGGUCACUGCUGUUGCACUGUGUGCACACAGUAGAAGCUAACGUACUGUAGAAACUUAUUGAGCAGGUUCUUAUAAACAAGAAUGCAAGCAAUAUUGCCUAAAUACGCUAUGGCAACAUUAAGAUAAUAUUAAUGACGACUGUAUAAUGACAUCUCAGAUUCAUGCUGCUAAAAUGCAGCAUAAUACAAACAGGAUUUCUGUUAUCUGAAUAUCCUUUACUUGAUAAUGUCUGAUGAACACAAAAGCAAUGUUGGUUGAGUCUAAUGUCAAAUUUUACAUUGUUGAUUACACCGGCACACUGUGUGAUCACAUUAUAAGUCGCUGCAGAAGGUGUCACAUGUUUGGACAGGUGAUCUCAGAUGUAAAACAUUUCUCAGUCUGCUUUUAGCAGCUACGUAUGGCUACAUUGUUGCAUUUGCUCCAUAUGUUGCACAGAGAGCAGUUUUUACAUCCUGUGUCGCUAAUCCUGAAGCUUAAAUGUAAAUCUGCUUAUCUUUUAAAACAAUACCAGUGCACAAUUUGUCAGUCUAGGAAUAAUGAAAGCUCACACUCUGCAGCUCUCAGUGAGCUCAGAGUUUAAUAGCGAUUCAUCAGUGUCACUGAUGAAGUUUUGGACACUUUUUACCAAACUAUUUUGAUUAUUAUCAUUAUUAUUAUUUAUGGUACCAAAAGAUAAAUAAACUUGUUUAAACUGUAUAUUAAUGACUCACGUUUACCAGGUGAACAUGUGCAAUACUUAGAUCAGCGAUCAAAGCACAUUUUGUUAGUCUAAUAGUGUUUUAAUGAAGUAUGCAUGAUGUGUGUGCUUUUGUUUUAUGCUCUUAUAUUUUUAUGUGGUUCCCCAAUAGUGUGAAGACAGGAAUCAGUGAAUUUGGUACCAAAAGCUGAUGUGUGUCACUGAAUGGUGUCGCUAACAUCAUACAGGUUGUGUUAAAAUGCUCGUGAUGUAAAUAGUUAAAUAUACAGAAAAACUGAUUGUUUUAUCCCUGAUUCAUUAUUCCUGAAGCGGCUCUUCAUCUGCAGUAAAAACCACAACGUGUAUCAUUUGUCACUUAAACCCUUGUGAACAGAACAAUUAGGCAUUAAAACAUAGCAAUGCAA